AUGUCAUUCCUCUCCCGAACCACGCCUCUCCUACGGACUACCGUCAGAGCGUCUGCGCUCCAGCAAUCGUCUCGCCUCUUCUCUACCGCAGUUGUCCACCAGAAGUCAGCCACUGAAGCUGUGAAAGAUGGCCUGAAGAAAGUCGACCGAGCUGUUUCCGAUGUAGCUGUUGCCGGUAUCGAUAAAACAGCCGAACUAAAAGACAAAGCCUCCGAAGUUGCCGGGGUUGAGAUUCCAAAAGCUAAAGGCAAGGCGGCGGAAGUCAGUGGCGAAGCCAAAGGAAAAGCCGCUGAACUAUCAGGCGAGGCUAAGGGAAAGGCAGAAGAAGUCAAGGGAAAGAUUUCGUGA